UUAUGAUUUAGUGUAGGACAUUUUAUACACUAGGGCUGAAACGUGAUAUUGCUAUAUAUAAAUCUGAUUCAUUCUUGUUAACAUUUAUUGGCUUCACAUUGGAUCUAACUUCCCGUGUUGCAAUGCCAUGGGGCAAUUUUUCUCCUUUUUAUAUAUUGUUGGUUGCCUUCUGUCCCCCUUUCAUGACUCAAGUCCUUUGCCUGUCCUUCAAUUUUUAUUGGGUUUGUUAAUGCCUCACAUUGUUAAUUUUAGUAGGUGACGAUUUUGUCAUAAAAUUUCAGCCUUUGUUCAUGAUGAGGUCAGUCAGUUAAUGAGUUACCAAGAUUCACACCUUCUAACCUCCCUGAGAUAAUGCAUUUAAAUUGCUUAUACGUUUCAGACCUAAUUUUUCUUCAUUCUGUGUUCAACGUGGAAUUUUAAAUCAUGCGCUACUAUUCUGUUGCCAUAUUAGUGCUUUUGGAUCUGAUAGUGUCUGGCUUUGCAAAUACAGAAGCAUGUGACUCUAGUAAUGGUAUCUACUUAUCUGGGUGGUACAAACUUGUUCAGCUUUCCCCUACGGACCCCGACCAAUGCAACUUUGCAAAUACUACGAGGUGCCCAGGAAAUGAGAGCAGAUGUGCCACCAUAAUGAUUACAGGUGAUUCACUGUCAUGUAUUGAAUGUUACAGUGUAACUCAAACGUCAUGUACAGGCCUCUCUAAAGUUUGUCAAUCUAAUGAUGCAACCUGUAUGACGGGAGUAAUCAAACUAAACUCGGUUUGGAUGUUUGGCAGAUCAUGUGAGAAUAUAAAGUCUUCAUGUAACAUUUCUGGGAGCCUUCUUCAAGGGUCGGUUCAGCUGGCUACCUCUUGCUGUGACAGUGACAACUGUGACCCCAUUCCACUCAAUUGGCCCCCUAUCAUUACCAAGAAAAAUGGAGUGGCCUGCCCUUCUUGCACUUCAGCACUUGAUACACAGUGUACCCAACUUCAGACCAUGGAAUGCACUGGUAAUGAGAACCGCUGUGCCACAGUACAGAUGUCAGCAAACUUAGUACCAAACUUUAACCUACAUGGAUGUGCCACAGAAUCCAUCUGCACAUUUGGUAAUCAGACUUUCGACAUUGAUGGAGUAAUAAUGAGAUUAGGAAUUUCUUGUUCCAAAUCUCACAGUACACCCAAUGCUGAGUUCCACUGCUGCCUGAUUUUCAUGGCACUCACUGUUGCUUUAAUUAAAUUCAUUCCGGCCUAGUGAUCAGCUUUUCAAAACUUACGAAAUAAAUAUAAUUGAACUUUGUCCGACUGAAAUAAAAAAUAAAGCUGUAGAACCUGAUCAGAGGCCAACAUUUGCACCACUUCAUAAAUACUUAUAUUGUGAUUGUACUGGUACUGUAACUUCAAACACAAAAAAAAAAAUCAUCAGAAUUAUUUACUAAAAUGAAAAUUCAAAGUUAAUUUCAAAUUUAGGGUAAAAAUACCCAAACUGAAAAUAUUCUCUAAACUGUAAGCUGUGAUUUCCUUUCUGCUACUCUAUUAAAUUUUUAAUUUACUCUGAAUUUACUUUGAAUUCUCACUUUAGUAAAUAGCCCUGACAAUGUUAUUAACCCCUUAAUUAAUUUGAUCAGAGGAUACAAACAAGUCUAGCUAGAAAGGUGCUUCAGUUGUCCAACUAAAAGUUUGACCAUAUCGCCUCCUGUGGCUAAUUGGAUACAAAUAUUAAAAUAUUAAAACUACACCAAGCACAGCUUCCACUAUCAUAUUUUACUUAGUGAUUUAGGUAAUGUUUAAGGCAGUUAUUAUCUGGUUUCCAAAUUGUCAACUUUAUUGCUCAAAUGUUGUUACAAUUCCCAAAUUUGCCAAGGAAGCUCCUUGCUAUGUGCACCAAGUCUUUCACCUGCAAAGAAGCUAAACCUACAAAAUACUGGAAAGAUUCACAACGAUCUGACUGCAUUUCUAUUUAAAUUGGUGAAAUCAUUAAACAAGCAAAAGCUAAUAUAAAA